AUGCCUCAUCAACCAGAAAGAGAGUAUCCCUGGUACUUGCACCCCAAUGGGGCCGGAAAGAAGUCAGGCCUACCCACGCGCUUCCACCACCACCGCUGCCACGUAUGCAACAGCGUCUUGAAGACCUUCGCCCGCAAACAGGGUUGCGAAAAAGACAGCUUCGUCUCUGCUCAAAAUUGCUACAAUUGCAUGUUUAACGUCUCAUGGAAAUUGGCAACACUAGAUAACAAGUCUCUACACGAAGAAUACGCUAGAAUGUGCGACAAUUAUAAUAAGAAGUUGGAAAGGAGACUAGCGAAGAGUCUGCGACCUCGCGUCCAACACGAGCCUGCUUGCCAUAACAAUUCGCACCUGGUCCAGUCUCAAGAACAGGUUGAUAUCCCUGAAGACUACCAAGACGAAAGAAUGGCCGGCGCGCAGGUAGGGGUUGACAACGCCCUGGAGGGAGCCUUGGCACUAAGCCGAAGUCUUGUGGAGAUAGAAGACAUUGGAGAGGCAUUGGGCACAAGAGAGUUCCAGUUAUUUCUCAUUCCCAAACUCAAUUUUUGA